AUGGAAACUAAAGGAUCAGAACAACCCCCUGAUUAUUAUGCAAGCAACCAGGGGUUCACCCAACCUGGACAACCCCAAGGUCAACCACAGCAGGGGUUCACCCAACCUGGACAACCCCAAGGUCAACCACAGCAGGGGUUCACUCAACCAGGACAACCCUACGGACAGCCCUAUGGACAGCCAUACGGUCAACCUUACGGACAGCAGUGGUAUGGUCAACAACAUUCUAACACAGUGGUGGCCUCUGGUGGAUAUCCGACUUCAAAUGUUGUAGUAGCAUCUCGCCCAAACGACUACAUGGGGUUCGCCAUUUUCACCUUUUUGUGUUGCUUCUUUCCCACUGGUAUCGUUGCUAUUGUGUUUGCUUGUAGCUCACAGGCGUCCAGUGACAGACAAGAUUUUGCUAGAGGACAAGAAGAGGGGAAUAUGGCCAAGAUAUUCUCUAUCGUCAGUUUGAUGAUUGGUCUUCUCGGCAUUAUUACUGUAAUAAUUUAUGUAAUUGUAAUCAACACGAGGAAAUUCUAUAGUUUUUUGUGA